AUGGGAGGUCUCGCAUUCGCCAACGUUUCGAAAGACCCAGGAAAGCCUGUCAAGAUUCCCCGUUUACAACCAGCGCUAUACAAGACCCUUUCUACACAUUAUCAACGCCUUUUGGAGACACUGUUCGAACGCGUUGUUGUCCCACGCGAUGCUCCAGCCAAAGCAGACCACGGCGAUAUUGACUUCUUGGUAGAGGGCAUUCGACCGCCAAACACAAAGGACGGGAUAUGGUCGGUAAUACAGAGCACCCUCCAAGCUGAUCUUCAUCUUCCGCGUGGUGGAUCAUCCUCCUACGCAGUACCACAUCCAGAGUUACCAGACGCACAUGUACAAGUCGACGUCGAAUUAUCCGUUGGAGAUGAGACCCCAGAAAGUGCCGAGCUCUUCAAAUGGACACGCUUCAUGAAAGGCGACUCCGAUCUCUUGCAAAUCAUUGGUGUCUCUCAUCGUCCGCUAGGUCUGACCUGCAAUGAUCAGGGCCUGCACGUACGGAUAGCAGAGAUUGAGCCAUACAACAAGAAGAAAGCCUUGUUAUUUCUGACACGAGAUCCUGACAAGGCAAUCGAAUUCUAUGGCAUGGACGUCGCAAAAUACUGGGCUGGAUUUAAAGAUGAAUACGAUCUCUUCGACUGGGCUUCCAGUGGGAGAUUCUUUUCACAUAGGAUCUUCGAGGGUCGUAUCGAGAAACACAACGAUCGCGCCCGUCAAGCGAAGCGACCCAUGUAUCAGCGAUUUGUAGAGGAUUAUAUGCCUGCGCAUUCCAACAAAGGUGCCACAAGCGACUGGACUAGGCAGCAAGUACUGCAAGCUGCUCUCACGGUCUUCGACAAGAAAGCAGAGUACGAAGCUAUGAUGUUAGAGCAUCACCUCAAGUCUGCGGAAGAAGAGCUCUGGAAGGAGGUCAAAGUCGCGGUACCCAUACAGAGCAACUCUCUGGCUGUCGUUGUGAAAGGUUUGAAGCGAUGGGUUGUGUUCGAAGGUGAUCAGCCGCGCAUUUCGUCUGAGCCCAACCUCGACGAGCCUUUGAUCUGGUCAAAGUUUGUUACAGCUGAUAACAAAGACGUUGUUCUGGAGUGGGUGAGGAAGAAUUGGGCACAAGUCAAGUCUUUGGAGAAGGCGCGUGCAAAUGCGGCCAAGGAAGCUGCGAAGGGGUCAUCGUGA